GACAUGAGGUGUGUUACAGAAUAGUACAUUUACUGUUCCCACUUGAGUUGUUUUACAGGUAUUAUAAUUACUAUCAAUGAAGAUUUACUGAAAGGUUGAGUAGUCACCAAAAGUAAAAUUAAACGUUCAUCCAAAUACAAGAAAUACACAUUCACCUGUGUGUGAUCAGGGAAAGAAAGAUAAAUCAUGGACAAAGACGGCAUACAACUACGUCAUGUGCACGUUAUAGAUCCAGAUAACCAAAUCAAAAAUGGAUCCGGUGAAGCUUACACGAAUAAGGCAUAUGAAGGAUCAGAGCAAAACAUUGACCAAAAACCCGACCCUCAGACAGACGUUGAUGGUGAACACGAUGACGACGAAUUUGAAGGCAACGCUUGCUCAAACGCUGUUGGAUUUAUCCAGAAUAUUGUCGCUGGUAUCUACAAGGAAUAUCACAAUAUCGUGUGGUAUACAAUAUAUUUGGUGCUAUUAUUAUUAUACUUUGGUUAUUUUAUUUAUUGUAUGUACCACCUGACUGUAAAUGAUAAAAUAACAGAGGAAGGAUCUAUCCGAUUGAUUGUCAUAACAAUAUUACUGGUGAUAGGGAUAUCACUAACACUACUGACUUCAUUUAUUAAACUUGAUUUCACCAGCUUCGAACGGGAAUUUGAGCAAUUUAUGGGAAAAUAUGGUUUCAUAAUACACAUAUGUUUCAUAAUCCUGGCUAUUGGUGGUAACAUUGCUGUCAUUAUCGUAGAGGUGAUAUUGAAGGAAGUAGACAAUCUAAUAUCCCUUCUUGGAGUGUUUUGUUUUAUUGUGGUUUUCUAUGUUACUUCACACAAUCCAUCUCGGGUGAACUGGCGUCCUGUUUUCUGGGGACUUGAAAUACAGUUUUACUUUGCAUUGGCAAUAAUCAAGUGGCCAAUUGGAAACGACAUAUUUCAGUGGUGUGGAGAUCGUGUAACAGAGUUCCUGGCACAUACAAACGCCGGUGCUGGUUUCGUCUUUGGUGACGAUACGUUUAGAAACCAUUUCUUUGCAAUGGCAGUGCUUCCAGUAAUUGUGUUUUUCAGUACCGCCAUUGCUAUUCUAUACUACUUAGGAGUUAUGCAAUUCAUCAUCAAGUAUAUCGCACGUGGUCUGGCAUUUGCACUUGGAACAUCUCCAGCUGAAUCCUUGAAUGCUGCAGGAAACAUUUUUAUAGGUCAGAGUGAAGCUCCACUGAUGAUAAGACCAUUCUUGGCAAAGUUGACGAAUUCUGAAAUCCAUGCAAUUAUGACAGGUGGAUUUGCAACCAUAGCCGGAAGUGUCAUGGCUGCCUAUGUUUUAAUGGGGGUUCCUGCCAAACAUCUUUUAUCGGCCUCUGUAAUGUCAGCUCCUGCAGCACUAGCUAUGGCUAAACUAUCUUAUCCAGAAACUAAAGUGUCGAAGGCUCAGAAUAAAGAUGUUUAUGAAAUGGAAAGUGGAAAGGAAAGAAACAUAGUGGAAGCUGCAUCUAAUGGAGCAUGUAUGUCGGUGAAACUUGUUGCCAAUAUUGCUGUAAAUCUCAUAGCCUUUAUAUCACUACUUCAGUUUGUAAACGCCACUCUAACAUGGUUUGGAGAGAGAGCAGGCUUAUAUCCACCAGAGUAUGAACAUUUUACUUUCCAGUUUAUUUGCUCCUAUGUAUUUUGGCCUAUGUCUUGGGUAAUGGGCGUCCACCAUACUGAUUGUCGUGUGCUUGGAGAAUUAAUCGGAAUAAAAACUUUCAUCAACGAGUUCGUUGCUUAUAACGAACUAUCCAAAUACAUAGGCAAUAGGGCCAACCUUACAUGGUAUGAGGGACUACCUGCUAUAAACAGCAGUUACACUGGAAACUGGACACGUGUUGGUCGGGAUAUUCAUUAUCUGGAUUUCGAUCACACUCUCGUUGGAGGAACCAUUGAGGAUAGGUCAAUGGUUAUUGCGACUUAUGCCUUGUGUGGGUUUUCAAAUGUCGGUUCUAUUGGAAUUAUGCUUGGAGCCCUAGGGGCCAUGGCACCUACUCGAAAGCACGAUCUCACCAAAGUGGUGGUAAGAGCCAUGAUAUGUGGAAACGUAGCUUGCUUCCUGACAGCAUGCAUAGCAGGUUUAAUGUAUGAACCAAGAUAAAGUGUAGAAGAGUGAGAUCGUUACUAAAGACCGUGCAAUAACAGUUUAGCUAGCCAGUAAUGAGGAAAGUAUAAAGUCACGAAGUUUAUAUGACUGAGUUAACUUCAUGCUAUUCAAGUAUUCCGUCAAAGACAGUUUGUUCAUAACUUGUUUUUCAAUGAAAGGAGAUGCAAAAUUUUAAAUGAGAAUUGAUUCUUUGUAUUACUUUUAUUUGAAAUUUGUUUGUUUUUACUUUUUUAUAUCUUAUAAAUUUUUUUAUCACGUAUUAUAUAUCUUCUGUAUCUUUUAAUAUUUUGAAAUAUUCAUUUUUGCAUAUAUUUGAGUUACUUACAAACUUGAAACGCAUAAUUUUAUUGGAAAUUUUACUGUGAGAUUUUUAUAUAUUUUGACAUAUCAUUGUUAUUAAUGUUUUUUUGUUUUACAUCUAUAUUAUAAAAGAAGACGUUCUGUAAAAAAAGUAUCAUUAAUUUCAUAUUGUGUUUUCUAAUUUUUUUAAUA